CCGCGGUACCGCAGAUCUGCUUGAGAAUGACCAUGUUCUUCUGUCUUCUUAAACCUUAAAUCGGAAUCUCAAAGUAGCUGUAAUUUGGAGGAGACUAGUGAAUAUCCUGCUCCAUUAUGAGAAGAUAUUCACCAAUGUAAAACAGUCUGGAAGAUUUCUCUAAGAAAACCAAAGAGCGUAUAAUCCUUCAAUAAUCAGAAGACAUUUAAAAUUUCAUGAGCUUUUGUCUCUCUGGGUCUUAAAAAAUGAACCGUUACACAAUCAUGAAACAACUAGGUGAUGGCACCUAUGGCAGUGUGUUGAUGGGGAAGAGCAAUGAGUCAGGAGAACUUGUGGCUAUCAAAAGAAUGAAAAGAAAAUUCUAUUCAUGGGAUGAAUGUAUGAAUUUGAGAGAAGUCAAGUCUCUGAAGAAGCUAAAUCAUGCCAAUGUAAUUAAAUUGAAAGAAGUAAUACGAGAAAAUGACCACCUUUACUUUGUAUUUGAAUACAUGAAGGAAAAUCUCUAUCAGUUAAUGAAGGACAGAAACAAGUUGUUCCCUGAGUCAAUCAUCAGAAACAUGAUGUAUCAGAUAUUACAAGGGCUAGCUUUUAUCCAUAAACACGGAUUUUUUCAUAGAGAUAUGAAGCCUGAAAACCUUCUCUGUAUUGGACCAGAACUUGUGAAAAUAGCAGAUUUUGGUUUGGCUAGAGAACUAAGAUCUCAGCCACCUUAUACAGAUUAUGUUUCUACCAGGUGGUACCGUGCUCCUGAAGUUUUGCUAAGAUCAUCUAUUUAUAGCUCGCCUAUUGAUAUGUGGGCAGUUGGCAGCAUAAUGGCUGAAUUAUACACAUUAAGACCUCUUUUCCCAGGCACAAGUGAAGUAGAUGAAAUCUUCAAAAUUUGCCAGGUAUUAGGGACUCCGAAGAAGAGCGACUGGCCAGAAGGAUACCACCUUGCUUCUGCCAUGAAUUUCCGUUUCCCACAAUGUGUCCCCAUAAGCCUAAAAUGUCUCAUCCCAAAUGCAAGUAAUGAAGCAAUACAGCUUAUGAGUGAUAUGCUGAACUGGAAUCCAAAGAAGAGACCUACAGCAAGUCAGGCUUUGAAGUACCCUUACUUUCAAGUUGGCCAAAUUUUAGGACCUCCUCCACAAUAUCUGGAUAAGCAGACUCCUGUAAAAUCAAUUCAGCCAACAGAGCCAAAGCCAACUUUACCUAACCUGGAAGCUAUAUCCAAGCCAGAGCCUCUGUCUUCACCUGGAGUACCUGAGAACACACAGCCACAGCCCCUGUCAAAGGUUAACCACCAGCCUCUGCAGCAAAUUCAGUUGCCUCAGAAUACAGCUAACCAGCAAGUACCAAAACAGCAGCAGCCACAGGCACAACCAUUUUUUCCAACUAUCAAUAAAAACUCGCCGCCAAAACAAGCAGCUAGUGGCCCUCAGAGUGGUGCAGUAGGUCCUAAAAGCUGCAGAAGACGAUGGGGUCAGACUUCAGUAAAGGCAGUGGAUAGCUGGGAUGACUUGGAUGACACUGAAUUUGGAAUGUCAUGUUCAAAGAAGCCUAGCAUUUCACUGUUAAAAGAAAAGAAAAACAAGGAAGGUAUUUUUAGUGUGCCAGAACCAAAAGCUUCAUGCUGUAUCCAGACAGGAGGGGAAAAUAAGGCUCCGAUGAGAAAUGAUUCUGGAAGAUCAAAUGCAUCAGCAAAACAGUACUAUCUAAGACAAUCAAGAUAUCUACCUGGUGUAAACCCUAAGAAUGUGUCUUUAGUAGCAGUCAAUAAAGAAGGAUCACGUGGAACCUGGAACAACCCCUUGUUUUCUAAACCACUGGCACAUACUGGAGGAGGAGUGACUUUCAACAGAAAUACUACAGAUGAGAACUUAAUUAUACCUAUUGAAAAGCUAUCAUGCAAAGAAAGGUUGAAUGAAAAGUUAGAGGAUCCAAAAGCAUGUCACUGCACUGUUGCUGGAUAAUAGUGAAGAAGAGAUCCUAAAGAAGUAGCAUAUGCACCUCUCCUGAAGGACUGCUUCUUCAUAACAGCACCUGGGACUUGCACCAUUGACUGUGUUCUGAUUCUCUAUCUGUUACGCUGAUUUUACAGCACUGAGAUUGCAUAGAUUUUGGUGGAAUUACUGUAGUGUAAGAGGGUGGAAACAGGUUUCCAAGCAGCCUAGUUUGUGUCUAAACACAGUUUGAUUGGAGCAUUGUAAAGCUGCUGGACUGUUUCACCUCUUGCCCAGUUUCUGGCCCCUCUGGUGUGUACUGCCUAUGUGAUACAUCUCAUUGCAACUAUUUGAACUCACGACCCAGCUCAAACGAUUCAAUGACUUUAUCCUUGAUGAAGUAUGUAUUGUUUGAGGUAGGGGGUAUGGCCUGAGCCAUGCUUACGCUUGCUGACAUCGUGGCCAUGAGUGCUUGCCUGUAUACCUGCUGCCAGACCUCCUGGAUGCCUGAUGGAUCAAUACUUCUAUAGCAAGAACCCCUUCUUUUCUACAGCAGUGGUCAAAGGUAAGGAACUGUGCUUUUCAAUAGGGUUUUUUUAUAUUUGUAAUUAUUCUGUUAUUUUAUAUUGAACUUUUUUUCUCCUUCCCUUGUUCUCAUCCAACAAAAGAUCACGCCUCCAGACCUUGGUUUCACCCAGACUGUUCCUCCUGGCUGCACUCUCAUUUCCUGCAGGAGGAUUCAUAAAGCACAUCAUUGGACAUUGCCAGGUAAGAAGAACAAAAAAAUGGUUGAGCAAUUUUUGACAAAUAGGCAGCUUUGAUGAGCUGUAGGUAAGAAGCAGCCAGUUGUCUUUCUGAGGUUAUAUUAAUUGAGGCCUGUCAUACUCUUAUUUUCAGACCUCAGAAUUUUAAGGAAUGCUACUGAGCUGUCAGAGCUAUGAACCACUCCUAGUGAAAUAAUUUAGAACUGGGGGAAUAACAGAAUAUGUGUGUGCACAGGCAGAUGAACAAACCACUAAAACUGUUGUUUUGUUUUUCAGGCAAAUUCCUGAAAAAGAAGAACAACUUAAAGACUACAAGAAAGUUAAAUUUUAUUAUAAUACUUCAAUAAAGUUGUAAUUUUCACCAGGACUUUUGUGUCAUUCUUUACUGUGAUGGAGACUGGCAUCAACUAGACACAGGGAAGCCACAUGGAGACCUAACUAUUUACAGAACUCAUAGAAGUGACAGUUUAGGGUGACUGGCAAAACUGAGUUAGCUGAAUGCUUUUUGUUAGUGCUCCUGAACAGGGAGGUAUGCAGUGACCCAACGCAGCUGUAAUUACCUGAGGAUACCUUUUUGGGUUUGCAGAUGACCAGUUUUGCAACUUUAUAGAUCCACUGCUCUGAGCUCUGAAAUUAGCACAGAGGGGUGGGAGUACUUGUGUGAAGAGGACCGUUUUGGGAUUGCACUGAGGCUGGAGUUUAGGAGACAGAAAAACUGUCAAAUCAGAUACUGUGUGUUUUACUGCAACUACCACUGGAACCAUGCUGAAUAUUAAUACCAUAAAAAUGCGCACACUUGAUAAAGAUCAAUUUAAAAUUACUGUGCAUGGCCUUGUAGUUCACAAAUUUAAUACUGCUGAAUAAAGAACCACAGCACUAAAGAAAAGCAUUUCUCUCUGGACGUUGUGCCAGCACAGUCUUAACACUGUCCCAAGUGAUGACACAUGAAGAAGGUAAGACAUUUUCUUGGAGCAGAGAGUGUAAGUAUUGUAACAGAUCCCACUGCCACUGGACAAUAAUUUCAGUACUAAUUGUGUGUGUAAACAUACACUGUUUCUCAGCUUCCAAAUGAGGGUGGUUAUGUCAGCCUUCUGAAGGUGGCACUGCUUUAAAGAAAGAUCUGGACCAAAACUAGGCUCAACAGAAUUAUAACUGGGGUUAAAGAAAGAGAGUAAUUGGGUCUGACUUUUAUAGCAGGCCUUUAACUGUGUGACCAGCAGUCGACUUCAUGUGGUACACCCACUACCCACAAGAGAAGUUUGAUUCCAUUAUUUUAGAUAGAUUUACACCAAACAUUUUAAGCACAAGAGUGUUGAGCGCUAGUUUCCAAAUACUGAAGUGCUUAAAUCAGCUUCCAGUAAAUCAAAAGGUAAAGUAAAAAAAGUAAAAGGUAAGAUCCUACCUAUCUCUAAAAUUCAGUGUAAACCUUUCUAUGUUGUCUUAAGUUUAAUGAAAGUACUUAUGAAAUGUUCAUCCCGCUCUGUUGUCUUUUUUCUUGCUGAAUUGCAGAUCAGAUGUACUGGAUCAGCAACUUAGUGAGCAUGUUAAAUGCUGUAAAGGGUCCAAUUAAUAUACAAGCAAAGAAUGAAUGUAUACUUUUUUUUUUUUUCAACAGACAAACACUAGGGAGUUUUUAAAGAACUUAGUACUCUUGUGGUACUGCAAAUGUAUUUUGAAGUGACUCAAAAAGUAGGCAAGGUUUUCUGAAUGCAACUAAAAAUACUAAAACUCUGUA